AUGACGAUAUUUCAUGACGAAGUUGAAAUAGAAGAUUUUGAGUACGACGAAGACGAAGAAAUGUAUUAUUAUCCAUGUCCAUGCGGUGACCGGUUUCAAAUUAGUAAGGAAGAAUUAAUGGCUGGUGAGGAAGUAGCAACAUGUCCUAGUUGCUCAUUAGUAGUUAAAGUUAUAUAUGACAUAGAAAAGUUCAAAGCAGAGUCUGAAGAGAUACAAAAAGACACCAGUGACAAAGAAGCUGUGAAAGCCUGA